AUGAAUUUUUUCAAAAAAUUAUGUAGGAUUUUGAAUGAAAUAAUUAGAACUGAUAGUGAUUUUAACCAAAGUAUUACACUUCAAGAAUUAAUUGCAGAUUUAAAAAAUAAAAAAGCCAAAAAUCCAGUUGGAACUGCUGUAGCUGUUUUUAGAGAUGCUGACAAAAAUAAAAAUGGCAAAUUAACAUAUGAAGAAAUAAGAAACUGGGCUAUUACUAAAAACUCAAAUGCUAUUAAUGAUGCUCUUACCAAAGAAGUAAACGAAAUUCUCUCACCAAUGGAUAAAGAUAAUGAUGGUAAUUUAACCGCUGGUGAAAUGCUUGAUUAUUUUGUUAAACAAGGUUUAAAAUUAAAUGAUGCAUGCGAAAUGAUCAAAUCAUAUUUUGAACAAGUCGAUAAAGAUUCUGAUGGUAUUUUAACUGUUUGCGAACUUAAAAAGUUCAUUGGCGCUGAUUUACAAGUACCAUCACAAUAA